AAUCACUCAAAUAUGCUAUUUGGUAGUAUUAUAUUCGUUUUGACGCGUCUAGAUAUAUUUAGGGCUCUCAGACCAUUUUCAAGGACCAAAGUUGUAAGAACAGAUAUUUGUCGGGUACCCAAAAUGGUGAAUAUCACACAAGGAAAAACUGACUAUUUCUGCAUUUUAGAAACAGAUGAGCACACUCUCCCAACCAACCAAUUUCCCAGUUGCACCUGUUGUCAAAUUGUUUACGAGCUCUGGGUAUCAGUGCAGGGAGCUUUCCCAAGAUAUGGACCCUGUGGAUAUCCCAGUAUUGAUACACCAGGCAUACCAAUAAUUAUAGGAACUGAACCAAUUCUCAAGUACAACAUUUCGAGAAUAACAGCUAACAUAAUGAAUAUAUUACUCACCCCUCAUAAUAACAUAGAAAUAACGGAUAAUGCACCUUUAGAUGAAGAAGUAGAGCAGUUACUUAAUAUUGUGGAGGAAGAACUGGAUGAGAAAACAAUUGAAAAUUUGAACAGACAAUUAGAGAGCAAAAAGGAGGAUGAGAAUGAAUUGAUUCAUAAAAAAAUAAUGCUGAACCUAGACACUAGUGAUAAAAAUUUUGAUGGAUCUAGUUUGCAAGAAACUACAAAAACUUAUUUUGAAACCACUGAUACAGAGUAAAAUAUCAACAUAUGUUAACAGAUUAGUUACAUAUUCUUUAAUAAAUUGCAGAGGGUAAUAUGGGGAA